AAUGCAAUCGCUGUUAUUAGAGACGAAGAAGUAGUUGGCCACAUGCCACGGGCACUAGCGAGCUCAAAGCAAGGGAAAGGGAUUGUUAGACAUUUCUUAACAAAACCUGAAAGCAAGGGAACUGUUAAAGCUGAAGGAAAAGCUGUUAACCGAGGCGGUGGAUAUGGCAUGGAAGUCCCUUGCGUUUCCAGAUUUACGGGGCAGCAGAAAUACGUUGAGAUGCUAAGAAACCUACUGGACCUUCAGAACAAUCUUUCUGUAAGAAAUGUUCACAAAACAGAAGAAACCUUAAAGAGAGCCAAGGGGCAGGAAGGUAGCCGGGUGAAAAAAACCAAACUGUGUUAAAAACAAGUUAAAUGACGGACUAAAUUGCUUUGCAAUUUAGCUAAGCGGAUGUAAAACCAUGGUGGUGUUAAUGUUUUACUGUUGUAUCAGGUUAUUGUAAUUUGCUAUUUGAUGUUAUGAGUGAUCAGUAA